CUUCAGUCAGUUCAAUCAGAUUUUAGAAGUGUAAUGCUACUACAGUUAGUUUAGAAAAGCUCUUGCCUACACAAGCUAGAGAAUUUAACUAUUUAUCUUUCUGAUCGAUAAAUAAAAUCGAUCAGAUUUUUUAUGCUGAAUCAAAUGCAUAUAGAUAUCUAUUCUGCUGUUGCAAACUAACAAAAAAAAAAACGUAUCCAACGAAGAAGUGCCAGGCUGAUCAAGGUUUGAUAUUCAUAUUGAUAACAAUGUAUUGUAGGCCAACUAGUAGAAGUAGCGGCGGUAAUAACCAAAACAGCAAUGGCGUUGCCCUACCGGUUGGUUUGGCCGACGAUCAAGCAAAAGAUUUCGAUUUUGAAAAGACAGAAAUGAAAUACGACAGUACGGGUAUGUUUCAUUGGAGUCCUGCUAAAAAUUUAGAAGAUUGUCUAUUGGACAGAAAUCAGGCAGCAAUGACGGUCCUGAACGGCCACGUGGUGGUUUGUUUAUUUGCCGAUCCAGAUUCCCCUUUAAUAGGUUUAAGAAAUCUUGUAAUGCCGUUAAGGGCUAGCAAUUUCCAUUACCAUGAACUCAAACAUGUUGUUAUCGUUGGUUCAGUAGAGUACAUUCGUCGCGAGUGGAAGAUGCUUCAGAAUCUACCAAAAAUUUCUGUUCUAAACGGUUCGCCGUUGAGCAGGGCCGAUCUCAGAGCUGUGAAUGUAAACUUAUGUGAUAUGUGUUGCAUCCUUUCGGCAAAGGUACCAAGCAACGACGAUCCUACUUUAGCUGAUAAGGAGGCCAUUUUGGCCUCUUUGAAUAUUAAGGCUAUGACAUUUGAUGAUACCAUAGGAGUCUUAAGUCAAGUCAGUGACGAUGGUAAUGGUCAGGCUGGUAGUCCCAUCGUCCUUCAAAGGAGAGGAUCGGUUUAUGGAGCUAAUGUACCAAUGAUAACAGAUGAAUUUGUUAAUAAACUUAAUUUCAGCACUCCCGAAAGUUUAUCGAAUAGAGACAGAUGUCGCGUUGGUCAGAUUUCGUUGUAUGAUGGACCACUUGCUCAAUUCGGUGAGGGUGGAAAGUAUGGGGACCUUUUCGUAGCCGCCUUGAAGCAAUAUGGUAUGCUUUGCAUUGGCCUUUACAGGUUUCGCGACACUAGCAAUUCAUGCGACGCUAGUAGCAAAAGAUACGUCAUUACCAAUCCUCCAGACGAUUUUCAAUUGCUGCCAUCGGACCAAGUAAGAAUUUUAUUUCUUUUUGUUAGUUAUAUUGUUGGCCAUUCUAUCAAAAAUUUUAUUAUGGGGGCUUUAAAGAACAAGUAG